GACUACCAGGAUGCAGCCCUUCUCAACAUUCUUUGGUUUUUGCUGGGUCGGCCUUCAGACACUAUGUGUCUCGUGAAAAACCAGGUCGCUGUUUACCCUGGUGGGUGUCUAUUUAUCACCUUUAAGCGCAUGAAGUCUGCCUCGUAUCAAGGAGCGUCGAUUUUUCACGACCCAAACGAUUUUUCGUCUUGCCCAAUUCACGCACUAGCUUUGGCUACAAUUAUGCAGUUGACUCCAAGCGAGUUUCUCAUGGAUCAACUUCCUCGGGAUACACAAGAGCUCCUGCCGACUGAAAUUGGCGAAACGCCGCUCCGCGAACUACUUGAUGUGCGUACCAGGUCCCCAGCAACCUCCAACUCUGAGUCGCCGACCCCAAAAGGACCUGCGAAAAAAGCGACAGUCCCCGGAAUUCACGCGUAUGUUAAUCGCGUACUGCAGAAGUGGAGUGGUGUCUGCCAAACCGAAGGUACUAACCUGACGCCAGGGCUAUCAUCGCAUUCAUUUCGGCGUGGAGCUGCUCAAAACGCGAAUAGUGACAGCAAAAUCAGCACACCUUGGAUUCUAGACCAUGGAGGCUGGAGCAUGAGUGCUGUGAGCAAAGCGUUCAAUUAUAUUGUUGGCACGACCCAGGAAGAUCAAACCGUCGGCAAGUCGUUAGCUGGAUGGGAUUUAAAAGCUAGUCCGCCGCUUCCUACACUGGACGACUUCGAUCCUCUGGUUCUGCAUCGAAUUCGCCUACUUCAAGACCGGCUUUUCUCGGCUGCGAAGGGGUUCACGGAGAGACUCAGCUUGCGAGAUGAUGUAGUGGACGUACUUACCGCCACCGCCAUUCUCCACUACCCCGACAUGCUUCGGCUUCGGCCAGAGUCACUGUACAUCAAACGGGUUCAAGAAGCACUAAGGCAGGUACAGGCGACAGAGGCUGAAAUUACUGCAUGGUCA